AUGGCGCCGAAGAAGAAGGGAAACAAGAACGCCCAGGAGGACUGGGAAGCAGAGCUGGGCGAGAGCAUUGCCCCGGCGGCGGCCACGGCGCCCGCUGCAGAGGAGAACAAUGGCGACAAUGCUCAGGAGGAGGAGACGGCUGGCGGCGGCGGCCUGAUGGCCAUGCUGCGCAAGAACAAGGAGAAGCGCAAGAAGAAGGGCAUUGUCGACGACGAGCCGGCGCCCGCGCCCGUCGAGGAGGAUCUGUCCGCCAAGGCACCCGUCGAGGCCUCUCUGGACGACGACGAGUUCGCCCUGCCGCAGAAGAAGGGCAAGGGCGGCAAGGGCAAGCCCGCUCCCGCCGCGGCCGCCACCAAGGAAGCCAAGGAUGAUCUCGAGGAGCCCGGCAGGAUACUCACAAAGGCCGAGAAGGAGAAGCUGAAGAAGGAGCGCGAGAAGCAGCGCAAGAAGGAACAGGCUGCGAAGAAGAAGACUCCGGCACCCGCAAAGGCUGCUGAGCCGGCAAAGGCGACCCCUACGAAAGAUGAGCCCGCUGCCGAGAAGCCCGCCGCCCCCGCUGCCGCUCCCGCCGCGGCUGAGACGGGAGGCAAGAAGAAGAAGGUCCCGGCACACCUCGCCCUGAUUCAGAAGCAGCAGGAGGAGCUGCGUCGCAAGCAGGAAGAGGCAGCCCGGUUGGAAGCCGAAGCCAGGGCUCAGGCAGAGGAAGAGGAGAAGCGACUGGCCGAGGAAGCCAAGCGCAGGGAGGAACAGAGGGCUCUCAAGAAGCAGAAGGAAAAGGAGCGCAUCGAGCAGCUCAAGAAGGAGGGCAAGUUCCUCACCAAGGCCCAGAAGGAGGAGAAGGCCCGGAACGAGCUCAAGCUGCAGCAGAUGCUUGCUGCGGGUAUCAAGAUUGGCCCUCAGGACGAAGAGGGUGCGCCCAAGAAGAAGGUGGUUUAUGACAGCAAGAAGAAGAGGGGCAAGAACGACAAGAAGGACGAAGAGGCUGCUCUGGCUGAAGCCGCCGAAAGGGCCCGAAUCCAGGCCGAGAAGGCACUGAAGGAGGCAGAGGAAAAGGCUGCCAAGGAAAAGGCCGAGGCCGAGGCCAAGGCCAAGGCCGAAAAGGCCGCUCAGUUGAGCGAGGUCGAAGAUGACUGGGAAGCUGCUGUCGACGGAGAGGAAGAAGACGUCAAGGACAGCUGGGAUGCCGAUUCCGAUGAGGAGGCGGAGAAGAAGGCGGCCGCCAAAGCCAACGGCGCAGACAAGGAGCAGAAGAAGGCAGACGAGUCAGAGGAAGAGGACGAGAGCGAGAGCGAGUCCGAAGAAGAGUCCGAAGACGAAGCCGUAUCCAAAGCGAAGCAACUGGAAGCUCAGCGCAAAAAGGAGGCUGCCGAGCGCCGAGAGAAGGCGCACCAGGCCGCCCUCGCUGCUCGAUCCAAGGACAACCUGCGCUCCCCCAUCUGCUGUAUUCUGGGACACGUCGAUACCGGAAAGACCAAGCUUCUCGACAAGAUCCGACAGACCAACGUCCAGGAGGGCGAAGCCGGCGGUAUCACGCAGCAGAUUGGUGCUACAUACUUCCCCGUCGACGCCAUCAAGCAGAAGACGGCCGUCGUCAACAAGAACAACGACUUCGAGUUCAAGGUGCCCGGUCUGCUCGUCAUUGAUACCCCUGGUCACGAGUCUUUCUCCAACCUCCGUUCCCGUGGUUCGUCCCUCUGUAACAUUGCCAUUCUGGUUGUCGACAUCAUGCACGGUCUUGAGCCGCAGACUCUAGAGUCCAUGCGCAUGCUCCGCGAGAGGAAAACGCCCUUCAUCGUGGCGCUCAACAAGAUUGACAGACUCUACGGCUGGAAGAAGGUGGACAACAACGGCUUCCAGGACAGUCUGGCGCUCCAGAGCAAGGCGGUGCAGAACGAGUUCAAGAACCGCCUGGAGCAGACGAAGCUGGCCUUUGCCGAGCAGGGUUUCAACUCUGAGCUCUUCUACCAGAACAAGUCCAUGGCCAAGUACGUCUCGCUCGUGCCCACGUCGGCGCACACCGGCGAGGGUAUUCCGGACAUGCUCAAGCUCAUCAUUCAGCUCACGCAAGAGCGCAUGGUUGGCUCGCUCAUGUACCUGUCCGAGGUCCAGGCAACUGUCUUGGAAGUCAAGGCUAUUGAAGGUUUCGGCAUGACCAUCGACGUCAUCCUGUCCAACGGUAUCCUGAGGGAAGGCGACCGAAUCGUUCUGUGUGGUACCGAGGGUGCCAUUGUCACAAACAUCAGAGCUCUGCUCACACCGGCACCGCUCCGCGAACUGCGUCUCAAGUCGGCCUACGUUCACAACAAGGAGGUCAAGGCAGCUCUGGGUGUCAAGAUUAGUGCCCCCGGCCUUGAGGGAGCCAUUGCAGGUUCCCGGUUGAUGGUUGUCGGUCCCGACGACGACGAAGAUGAGAUUGUUGACGAGGUUGAGUCUGACCUGGCCAACCUUCUCAGCAGAGUCGAGACGUCUGGUCGCGGUGUCAGCGUGCAGGCCUCGACCCUUGGUUCGCUGGAAGCCCUGCUGGACUUCCUCAAGGACUGCAAGAUUCCCGUGGCCAACGUUGGCAUCGGCCCGGUCUACAAGCGUGACGUGAUGCAGUGCGGUAUCAUGCUGGAGAAGGCGCCCGACUACGCCGUGAUGCUCUGCUUCGACGUCAAGGUCGACAAGGAAGCGCAGGCAUACGCCGACGACCAGGGCAUCAAGAUCUUCCAGGCCGACAUCAUCUACCACCUGUUUGACAACUUCACCAAGCACAUGGACGAGAUGCUGGAGAAGAAGAAGGAGGAGUCAAAGAUGCUGGCCGUGUUCCCCUGCGUCCUGAAGCCCGUUGCCGUCUUCAACAAGACGGCUCCCAUCGUCAUUGGUGUGGAUGUGGUUGAGGGCCAGCUCAAGAUUAACACGCCGAUUGCGGCCGUCAAGACGAACCCCACGACCGGCGUCAAGGAAGUCAUUCCUCUUGGUAGAGUGACCUCCAUCGAGCGAGACCACAAGCAGGUCCCCGUCUGCAAAAAGGGCCAGCCCUCGGUCGCCGUCAAGAUUGAAAUGGGCGGCCACCAGCCCAUCUACGGCCGCCACCUGGAAGAGUCGGACCUGCUCUACAGCCAGAUCUCGCGCAAGAGCAUCGACACCCUCAAGGAGUUUUACCGCAAGGAGGUGACGAAUGACGAGUGGCAGCUCAUCAUCAAGCUCAAGCCCCUGUUUGACAUUUAA